CGAUCCGGAUGACGACGGCGGACCAGCAGCCGAGCGCCUUCCGCCGCUGGGUGCGGGAGAACCUGCUGCUGGUGCUGACCGUGCUGGGCGUGUUCCUGGGCUCACUGGUCGGCCUGCUGGCCCGUCAGACCGAGUACUCGGAUGAGGUGGUGCUGCUGGUUGGCUUCCCCGGCGAGCUGCUGCUGCGCAGUCUCAAGAUGCUCAUCCUGCCUCUCAUCAUCUCGUCGCUCGUGUCCGGCCUGGCCUGUCUCGAUGCCGGCGCCUCCGGCAAGAUGGGGUCGCGCGCGCUGCUCUACUACUUUUCAACCACCAUCAUGGCGGCCAUCCUAGGCAUCACAGUCGUGGUCAUCAUUCACCCCGGAGACCCGAACAGCGGCAAAAACGUCGUGCCGAAGGAGAAGAGCGACGAGGAGAGCAGCGUGAUGGAUGCCCUCCUCGACAUCAUCAGGAACAUGUUCCCCGACAACCUAAUGCAAGCAUGUUUCCAGUCCGUGAAAACCCAAACAACGAAGUUCAACAAGACUUAUGGCGAGGGCGACGAGGCUCGUGUGGUGCCGGCCAUCAAGAGGGAUCUGGUCGACUCUCCCGGCACCAACGUCAUGGGGCUCAUCAUCUUCUGCGUGGCCUUCGGUCUGAUCGCCGGUCAGAUGGGCCCCCAGGGCAAACUGAUGGUGGACUUCUUCCUCAUCCUCAACGAGAUUACCAUGAAGAUGGUCUGCAUUAUCAUGUGGUACUCGCCGUUCGGAAUAAUGUGCCUGGUGGCCGGGAACCUGAUGGCCAUAGACGACCUGGCCGACACGGCUCGCAGCUUGGGCAUGUACAUGGCCACCGUCAUCACCGGCCUGCUCAUCCACGCCACCGUCUCCCUGCCCAUGGUGUACUUCUGCGUCACGCGCAAAAACCCGUUCAAGUUCUGCAAAGGGAUUGUGCAGGCGUGGGCUCUGGCUCUCGGCACGGCCUCCAGCUCAGCCGCCCUGCCCAUCACCUUCCAAUGCCUCGAGGUCAACAACGGCCUGGACAAGCGCGUCACCAGAUUCGUGCUGCCUGUCGGCGCUACAGUCAACAUGGACGGCACUGCGCUGUAUGAGGCUGUGGCCUCCAUCUUCAUCGCCCAGAAGAACGACAUGAACCUCAGCAUCGGCGGCCUCAUCACUGUCAGUCUGACGGCCACGCUGGCGUCCAUCGGCGCGGCCUCCAUCCCGUCGGCGGCGCUGGUCACCAUGCUACUGAUCCUGCAGGCGCUGGGCCUGCCCACCCACGAUGUCGCCCUCAUCUUCACCGUCGACUGGCUCCUUGACCGCAUGCGCACCUCCAUCAACGUGCUGGGCGACGCGUACGGCGCCGGGAUCGUGCAGCACCUCUGCAAGGACGAGCUGGCGCGCAUGGACGCCGAGGCGGAGAGGCGCGACCGUCAGAUGGCGGAGAUGCUGCGCUCCGGCAGCGUGGCCCUGAGCGGCGGGCGCGGCUCGCUGCUGCCGCGCGGUGGCAUGGUUGCUCUCAUGAGGCUCUCGGCCAAGAGCAUCUGCGGAUACAGCUAG